UUUAUACGCAAUGACAUCAUCCUUCGACGUAGUCUCUGCCGUUUAAAGGUCUGUGGACUGGCUAGCUUAUGAAAAAAACAAUUGUGUGCUUAAGUUAUGGACAAGAAUACAACGCGUUAUAAUGUACAACUUUAUAUUUAUGAUUUGUCAAGAGGAAUGGCUCGCAACCUCAGUCCUAUUAUGUUAGGCAAACAGCUGGAUGGUAUAUGGCACACAGCCAUUGUGGCAUAUGGUGACGAGUUCUUCUUCGGAGGGGAGGGGAUCUCCAGCUGUUCUCCGGGUGGGACUAUGCUGGGACCCCCGGACACGGUGGUGGAUCUGGGAGAGACCGAAGUGACUGAGGAGAUCUUCAUGGAAUACCUUUCCUCUCUUGGAGAAAGCACAUACAGAGGUGACCGGUAUCGUCUGUUUGAGCACAAUUGCAACACGUUCACCAACGAGGUGGCUCAGUUCCUGACAGGCAUGCCGAUCCCCUCUUACAUCACCGACCUGCCCUCAGAAGUCCUGUCCACACCGUUCGGACAGAUACUUCGACCCAUUCUUGACUCUAUUCACAUCGCCCCUCCUGGAGGUAACGUCAUCAAUGGGGGAAGACACAUUUAAUCCCAGCCAGCCACAGAGUGUUCUCCAGGUCACUUCCACUGUUGUCAGUCCAUAAAAUGUAAAAAAAAAAAAAAAUGUUUAGCUUUUUCUCUUUCACAAAGAUCAGUGAAUUCAAACUUUAAAAGGAAAUCAACGCUCGUCUGAUCAAACUUGAGUUUUUGGACUUAACAUGCAGCACCUGAUUUAAUUUGUUUCCAAAGGUUAUUUCAGGAUAUUUGCUCUCCACAACGGAAAGGUACCGCCUUCUGAUAGCUGUAGUUAAGCCACUUUUUUAGGCCUAUUUGUGGAUAAGAGCAAAGCGAUGAUUUCUGCUGUAACUUUUGCACAGAAGCAACAUAAGCCUCCCUUGAUUUUUAGGUGAAAUUAGAUUUUUGUCAGAUUCAAGUAUUACAACAGGUGCUAAAUUAUGUAAAUCUACAUAAUCUUUCUGUCAUAUCAUAAGUUGCCAUAUGCUCUGCUUAGAGUCAUCUGAAACUGACUACAGUGGAUCUCUGUCUGUGCGCACUUUGUCAAAAAUAUGUUCUAGUGUAUCUAAUUUCAGUGGAUGGUGGUUGAUGGAAAGCAGGAAGAGGAUUCGAUUAUUGGAAAGACUUCUUAAUAUCAAUCAGAUUUCCAUUUUUUUAUUACACCUUUUAUGUGUUGUUCAUCCUUUUCUUUUCUUUUUUUUUUGUUCUGGAUUUGUUCCUUUCCCCCCGUCGACAAUAUAUUUUACCGCAGACUUUUUGUCCCAUAGUUUGUGUUAAAAGUGCUUCUCUGUAGAGGUCGCACUCAGAAUUCUAUUUUUCACCAUUUACAGGAUUCUUGCCUAACUUGCACCAGGGCUCCACACCUCCUCUUGGCAUAUGCACGUGUUUUGAGAGAGACUCGGCCCAGAAUCCACCCGUUACUGCGGGGAUCAGCGUGCCAGCACAUAAAAUGUGCCAGUGUUUAUUCCUCCAGAAUUUGCCUCAAGCAUCCUGUGCACACACCAGUUUGAUAAACAAAGGGUCAACCAGAGCAUAUCACUGUUAACCUUCAAAUAAAUCCAAAUAAUUGGUUACAAAAUAAUUGGAGGGUGUGUAACUUGCAGAUUGCAUGAACUACGAGAUAUUUGACUUAUCCAGUGGAAUUCGGCAUACAUAUUCCUUAAAACUGGAUGGGCAAAACUUGUAAAGUGAGCAGGCCUGACCUACUGCUCAGGUGAGGAUUUUCCUUUGGUCAAACGCUGUGAGGAAUAGCCUGUAGAAUUACAGACCUAGCACAUGCAUAUGUGGAAAGCAGGUGUCAGGCUGGAGUUUACACAUAUUGUUCUCUUGUGUGUGCACUUCUACCCCAGAACGGGGACCAGUUCACCAUAAAGUGUCCAUAUACAAAAGUUUACCCAUAUAUCUAUGGAAUAGAUCUGUCCACGAGGAGCCAAAGCAGGAUGAGAAACUGGCCCGAGGGCAGUUCAACCUGCAACGUUUUUUUUUUCUCCUCUGCUUAAAAUAAGCUGACUCAAAAAGAACUGGUCCACAGAACGUUGCCAUGGGUACCACUCAUGAACCCCGAAGAGAGAGAUCAUCAUAAAUAUUCUUAUACGGACAUGUUUUUCGGACUUUAUUGUUUCAGAUGCUAAGUGGGUCAUUCUGAAUAUUGGCCGUUCUGCAGAUUUAUUCAGUGUAAGGGUGACCUCAUGCCAGGCAAAAUCCUGCCCUCCUAACACCGAUCCGCUUGAGUCCUUUAACAGCCACCAGAGUGCGUUUGUAAUACAAUGCACGUCUGUGCCUUCAUUUCCCUCUGCGUAGCCACAAAAUGGUGUCACUUAUUCCAACCCAUCUCUCCGGUUGAGGUCUGCGUUAUGGACCGAACAGUGUGCGCCGGACAAGGAAGUCAAGUAGUUGAAAGGAAUUCUUUAAAAAUGCCCAGAUGCAUCAGGAUCCAGCCGUAAUCUAUUAUUCUAACGCCCACAAGAACACAAAGCACUUUCAGGAUGAUGCACUCUGCAGAUCUCCUGCUUUAGAGUUUAUCCGACCAAAAACUGACAUAAACCACGUAGAACCUCAAAAGCAUAUCCCUGCUUAAACCCAGUGAAGGAGGACAGAGAGGACAGAGAAACUCAGAGCGAGUAAACCAGCAUAAAUCUCACCGUGAUCCUCUGCACACACCUUACCCUCGUCAGAGCAACCUGUUCCUAUUUACAGCUGAAGUCUUAGCUCUUUCUCUUUUGCAGUAGACCUCUUGUGAGCUUGUCCGGUUUUUCGAGGCUCACGUUUUUGGCUUGAUCGUUUUGCCUUCUGCCUGUGUACCUAACUGACAUGCUAACCCGACCACUGAAAUGUACUGCUGAACCUGUGUUUGCUGCCUGCUGCUAGCUGUGAUGUGACAUUUGCUAACUUCGACAGAUAUUUAUGGAUAUUAUUUACAAAUUCAGUUAAUAUAAUGGUGAUAGAUAUAUUUGUGCACCUUGUUUGUGUAUUUUGUUUUGUUUUGUAAAUCAACCUUACUAUAUUAAAGACAGUCCAUGCAGACCUCUGUUCAUUGGUGCGUGAAAGUUUGUGACCCUUUUAAAAAUCAGUCCUGUGUGAGUGAGACCUAAAGUGUCAACAGAUUGUACAGUGUAGUGGGGAAAAAAUAAUUAUUUUCUCUGUCUUUCACAUGUCUGACCUCCCUCUUCUGAGACUUAAGGUGGUGUUGCUGCAGAUUAAUCCCGACAUUAAUCCUGCGUUCAUGUCUGAUUUUGCAUAUGUAACAUAAAAAAAAACUGAAUUCAUGUGUCAACAUGUUAAAUACAUAUUUUUUAGGAGGAGGAGAACCCAUAAUAUCUUUGUUGGUCAUAUCUCUUGUGAAUGCAA